GACUGGUCGGUCGGCCGGGCUGUGGGUGGGGUCCUCCCACGAGCACCUGAGUGGGGCCUGGAGGCGGGGCUGGGCCCCGGGCGCGAGGCGCGGGGCGCGGGGUGGGACGGCCUCCCCAGGAGUCCACAGGUGAGGCCCAGUCCCUGGGGCCGCCUCCCGGGCGCUGAGGGUGUGGCCGAGCGCCUGCGGGUGAGACCUGGAGCCAGCAUCAGUGGAGCCGAAGGAGACGUGGGCAGCCCAGUGGCUCCAAGAGGACCUAUGGGUCAUGGCAGGGAAGGUGAAGUGGGUCACUGACAUCGAGAAGUCGGUGCUGAUCAACAACUUCGAGAAGAGAGGAUGGGUUCAAGUGACAGAGAGUGAGGACUGGAACUUUUACUGGAUGAGUGUGCAGACCAUCCGGAACGUGUUCAGCGUUGAAACCGGGUAUCGGCUCUCGGAUGAUCAAAUUGUCAACCAUUUCCCCAACCACUAUGAGCUGACCCGGAAGGACCUGAUGGUAAAGAACAUUAAAAGAUACCGAAAGGAGCUGGAGAAAGAAGGGAGUCCACUGGCAGAGAAGGAUGAGAACGGAAAAUACCUCUAUCUAGCACGGGGUCUCUACUUGUCAGACUUUGUCCCAGUCACCUACAUGCUGCCCGCGGACUACAACCUGUUUGUGGAGGAGUUCCGGAAGAGCCCGUCCAGCACCUGGAUCAUGAAGCCGUGCGGCAAAGCCCAGGGCAAGGGCAUCUUCCUCAUCAACAAGCUCUCGCAGAUCAAGAAGUGGUCCCGGGACAGCAAGACGUCCUCGUUUGUGUCGCAAUCUACGAAAGAAGCCUACGUGAUCUCGCUCUAUAUCAACAACCCACUGCUCAUCGGCGGGAGGAAGUUUGACCUGCGCCUGUACGUGCUGGUGUCCACCUACCGUCCGCUGCGCUGUUACAUGUAUAAGCUUGGGUUUUGCCGGUUCUGCACGGUGAAGUACACGCCGAGCACCAGCGAGCUGGACAACAUGUUUGUGCACCUCACCAACGUGGCCAUCCAGAAGCACGGGCCAGUGAUGAACAAUGACAAGCACUGCUUCGAAUGCUAUGGCUACGACAUCAUCAUUGACGAUAAGCUGAAGCCCUGGCUCAUUGAGGUGAAUGCGUCCCCGUCUCUCACCUCCAGCACUGCCAAUGACCGAAUCCUUAAGUACAACCUCAUUAAUGACACCCUCAACAUUGCUGUCCCCAACGGCGAGAUCCCUGACUGCAAGUGGAACAAGGCGCCCCCGAAGGAAGUGCUUGGCAACUACGAAAUUCUAGGAAGAACGACUGAUCCCUCCCUGGACCAUUGAGUUGUCCUCCUCCACUCCUGGGAAGUUGCUGAAGGCUCUGUGGUGGGCACUACCCAUAGGUAAGGACCCCAGCCAAGGCAGUGGGGUGGCACUGAGUGGAGGGGAAGGGCCGGAAUCUGCACAGUGGGACAGAGGCCACACAGGGCCACACACACCUGAGCAUCUGUGCUGCUUUCUGCAGCUUUACAGCCAAGCAGACCUGCAUCUGGCAGGCAGCCAGCCUUGGCAGGGCGGUGUGUGUGUAACUCAGGCAGACCCAUCGUGGCCCUUCCUCUUCCAGCUGGAUUUCUGGGGUGUACGGAUAGAGUCGAGUCUGCCUGGGCUCAGUGGAGCAUUUUUCCUUUUCCUUUGUUUUUUUCUGAAACAGUCUUCCUGUGUAUUCCAGGCUGGCCUUGAACACACAACGAUCCUCCUGCCUUAGCCUCCCCAGUGCUGGGAUUACAGGCGCAUGCUGUCACACCCGGUUUGAAGAGCAUUUUUUAGGAGUGUUACAGUGUAGCUGGAACUUUAGAAGGGACCCUGGAAGUGGCAGAUACAAAAUGCUGGCCUUCUGUGACACCCAGGGCUGGGGACGAUCUGGGGUGGCAGUGCUAGUGUGACCUGGGCAUGUGAACUCACACUGCCAGCUUCCCAUUCCUGUUGAGGUGCUCUGGGGGCUGCUAUGAGCCCUGGGGGAGACAGCCCUGGGGGACAGGGGAGCACCCCACAUCUGCCAUAUCCCAGCUCCCAGUUGGGGGUGAUGGGAAGUCACCAUGGAGAGAGGUGGCCGUGUUCUCUGGAACUGCUCCAGGUGUGGGUGACACCCCGCCUCCCUCAGGGACCUCAGGACCUGAGCCCACCACAGCAGAAGGGUAGGGAAGGCCGGGACCUGCCCAGGGCUGUAACCACCAGCCAGAGCCACCAGGCUCCAGGCAGGGAGAAGUGUGCAGUCCUGGGCCCCUCCUGGCAGGUUGCUGACAGCUCGUUCCUGUCUGAGAUGGGUUAGGUGCUCCCAGAGGGCUGUCCCAUGUUCCCUUUUCGAUCCCUGCUGCAUGCCGGCUGGUGGCCUGUUACAAUGUCGCCUGGGAGAGGGCUCCACAAUAGCAUCGUAAUCACAUAGCACUCAAUCUCGGUGGCCUUGGGCAUCUCCUGAGCUGUUGAAGCCACCUGAGCAGCUGGCCUGUAGCUGCAGUGGGUGGGGACAGGACCCUGGGCUGGGCCAGGCUGCUUCUUGGUGACAUCUUUGGUGCUGCCUCCCAGCGAGAGCUCCUGCUGACCCUGGAGACCUCUGU